AUGGCGAUACCUGUUGAAGAAUGGUAUUAUGAAGUCCCAAUAGUCACAAGAACAUACGUUACUGCUUCUGUGUUAACGAGCUUAGCAGUGCAAGUUGGUUUUGUAAAUCAAUUUCAACUUUAUUUCACUUUUGAUAAAACAUUUUAUGAUCGCCAGUAUUGGCGGUUUAUAACGACAUUCCUAUAUUUUGGGCCAUUUUCACUUGAUUUCUUAUAUCACAUGUUUUUUCUUGUGAGAUAUAGUAGAAUGUUAGAAGAAGGAUCAUUUCGUAAUCGAGCAGCCGAUUACUUUUGGUUACUUUUCUUAUCAUCAGUAGCAUUACUAGUUUUAUCCCCACUAUCCAAUGUACCAUUUCUUGGAUAUUCACUUGCAUUUACUUUAGUGUAUAUAUGGUCACGAAGAAAUCCUCUUAUAAGAUUAAAUUUUAUUGGAUUAUUUGUAUUCAGUGCACCAUUUUUACCUUGGGUAUUACUUGGAUUUUCAUUAUUAUUGAAUAAUCAUUUUCCAAUGAGUGAUAUGAUGGGUAUUGCUGUUGGUCAUAUUUAUUAUUUCUUUGAAGAUGUUUGGCCAUCAGAAAGAAUUAGUGGUGGUAGACGUUGGUUAAAAACUCCCCGAAUAAUGUAA